AUGUUCCGGAUGUUGACAAAGACCAGUGUGACUCUGGAUGCCAGAGCAGCAGGUUGGGUACGGACCAUGGGCUCUCACCAGCUGCUGGUGCCACCGCCAGAGGCCCUGAGCAAACCCCUGUCAGUUCCUAAGCGGCUCCUGUUGGGUCCAGGGCCCUCCAACCUGGCUCCACGCGUGUUGGCAGCUGGAGGGCUGAGGAUGAUCGGCCACAUGCAAAAAGAGAUGUUUCAGAUCAUGGAUGAGAUCAAGCAAGGUAUCCAGUAUGUGUUCCAGACCAGGAACCCCCUGACACUGGUUGUCAGCGGCUCAGGACACUGCGCCAUGGAGACUGCCCUGUUCAACCUCCUAGAGCCUGGGGACUCUUUUCUAGUUGGAGCCAAUGGCAUCUGGGGAAUGCGGGCUGCAGAGAUUGCUGAGCGCAUUGGAGCCCGUGUGCACCAGAUGGUCAAGGAACCUGGAGAACACUACACGUUGCAGGAGGUAGAAGAGGGCCUGGCUCGGCACAAACCAGUCCUGCUGUUCCUGACCCACGGGGAGUCAUCCACUGGUGUGAUGCAACCCCUUGAUGGCUUUGGGGAGCUCUGCCACAGGUACCAGUGCCUACUCCUGGUGGACUCCGUGGCAUCACUGGGUGGGGUUCCCAUCUACAUGGACCAGCAAGGCAUCGACGUCUUGUACUCUGGCUCCCAGAAGGUCCUGAAUGCCCCACCAGGGAUUUCCCUUAUCUCCUUCAGUGACAAGGCCAAACACAAGGUCUACUCUCGGAAGACAAAGCCGGUCUCCUUCUACACAGACAUCACAUAUUUGGCCAAGCUGUGGGGCUGCGAGGGCAAGACCAGAAUAAUUCACCAUACCACGCCCGUCACCAGCUUAUACUGCCUGAGGGAGAGCCUGGCGCUCAUUUCAGAGCAGGGCCUGGAGAAUUCCUGGCAGCAGCACAGGGAGGCUACAGCGUAUCUGCACCAGCGCCUGCAGGAAUUGGGCCUGCAGCUCUUUGUGAAGGACCCGGCACUCCGGCUACCCACAGUCACCACCGUGAUGGUGCCUGCUGGCUACAACUGGAGGGACAUCGUCAGUUAUGUGCUGGACCACUUCCACAUUGAAAUCGCUGGUGGCCUUGGGCCCUCUGAGGAGAAGGUACUGCGGAUUGGCCUGCUGGGCUACAAUGCCACCACGGAGAAUGUGGACCGCGUGGCCAAGGCCCUGAGAGAGGCCCUGCAACAUUGUCCUAAGAACAAGUUGUGA